AGUUUCCAGACCAGUUUGGUAUCUGUUCAAACGUGUCUGCGCUUCACAUUUUCUCAGUAAAAUCUCGUGCCAGGCACGAGACAGCUUGCUGCGCAAGGACUUCUCUCCUCUUGGGAAAGAAUUCCAGCAAGUCGUGCUGUUUCUGUAGUGGCCGGAGUACCUGUUACGUGUAGAUAUAUCUGCGCCGGUGUGAUUUUCGCCCGAAUAGUUCUUACCAUUCCGACGUAUUAUUUUUAUUUAACUCCCCCACAACCAGUGUUGUGUCAGAUCACGAGUAGCUAGUUCGUGCAAGUUGUCAAGAAUGCGUGAGCUAAAGCUCCACCAGGUCGUGUCGUUCAGCUCCGAAGACACUGUACACAAGGCUAGCAAUUUAUUGCGCUCAUCUGGACAGCAGAAAUGGUUGUGUGCAGCAGGUGGCGAAAAAGAAGCCAGCAUCAUCUUCCAGCUGGAGAAGGCAUGUGAGAUCAGCUCGGUCGACAUAGGAAAUGCCGGCUCAGCGUUUGUCGAAGUACUCGUCUGCCGCAGCACCUCCUCUGAAUUCCAGGUGCUUGUCGUAGCGUCCAGCUUCAUGACACCGGGUGACAGCAAGACAUGGAAGAAUAUAAACUCAGUGAGAAUGUUCAACAAGGAUGCACUGAGCAAGACCACGGCCGAUCAGAAGUGGGACCGGAUCAAGGUGGUGUGUCGUCAGCCCUUCAAUAAGGUUGAGAAGUUUGGCGUCUCGUUCGUCAAGUUCCGCGGGCCGGGAGAUGCGGACGAUGCAGAUGUGUCGGCAUCAUUGUCCACUGCAUCGACCACUUCAGCAGCAGGAGGAGUACCCUCGCUGGCAAGCACGCCUAGUUUUGGCAAGUUCAACCUCCGGGACGCUGCUUCUUCCAGCAACAUGUCGGUCGGAUCAUUGUUCGCCACUCGCAACGAUCAGCCCACCUCGACUACUGCGGCGUCGUCAGCUUCGUCCAUGGCUGCUCAAGCACGCGAUGCCAGCUCCACACUCUCAGCGAAGGCACAGCCCACCACCGCAGCUACAACUGGCGUCCCGAGACGAACGCCUAGCCCGAACCCGGACGCGUCCCUCAAGCCGUCAACGUCCGCCGCCGCAACAUCACAGAAGCGCAAAGCCUCGCCUAAGAUGCCCCGUGCUGACAGCAACAGCAGUGCGAACAGCACAGGUGGCAAGGACAACGCCGGCCAACCGCCGCCUGCUAAACGCAUGCGUCGUACCGGUGGAAAGAAAGCUGAUGUGCCGUUUGAGGAAGUCCUGGAUGGAGUAGUGUUUGCGCUAAGUGGCUUUCAGAACCCUCUGCGCGGCAAUCUACGCGACAAAGGCCUUGCCCUGGGUGCCGAGUAUCGAUCACAAUGGGAAACAGGCUGCACUCAUCUCGUUGCUGCGUUUCAGAAUACGCCAAAGUACAAGCAAGUCAAAGGUGACCGUGGGAUCAUUGUUACGAAAGAUUGGAUAGAGCAUUGUCAUACUGCUAAACGUCGCCUCACUACUAAGCGGUUUGUGUUCAGCGCGGCCGACGCAAGCUCCUCGUCCAGCGACGACGAGGACAACGACACCCGCUCCACGCAGCCCUACAGGAACGUUGCCGCACCAGCAACAGCAGCGGUGGCGGCUACUAAGACAACUGCAGCUGCUACGUCCGCCACCGCCUCCUCUACCAGUCAUAAGGGACAGUCACGCAACACGUCACACAGCCCCCGAGGCAGUCCACAGGCUAAACGCAAGGCAGUGGCUGCUGCAGCCAAAGCUGCUGUCAACUACAGUGAUUCGGAUGGUAACACCGCAGACACUAGUGCUGUCAGGGCAAGCACCGCUGUAGAUCGUGAGGCUACGGCUUAUUCCUCAGGCAGUGAUACAGAAGACGAGCUAGAAAGGCUCCGCGUGCAGCAACAACAGAAAGACGGCUCUUCUCCGGUGGGUGGAGAUGAUGCAGCUCGGUCGUCGUCAUCAUCGGACACUGAAGUGGAUGAGGAGAUGUCAGCUCUGCCUGCUGGACACAAAGCCGCUACACCGGUGAAGACAACGAGCAUCAGCAGUAGCAAGGCCACGGGCACACCAUCGUUGGUUUCCAACACUGUUGCGGCGGCGGCAGCAGCGGCGGCAUCGUCAUCGCAACGCCCGACAGGCGGCCGGCCUCCUCGACUGGCCAGCUUCUACGACGGCGUGCACUUCCUGCUGUUCGGCGACUUCAAGCCGUCGAUUCGCAAGGCGCUGGUCCGCUACGUGUGCGCGUACGGCGGAGUCAUCGAGGACUACAUGGCGGAUGAUGUCACCUACGUUAUUACAGACUCGGAGUGGGACAGGAAUUUUGAUCAGGCACUCGCCGAUGUUUCAACAUUGAAGUUUGUCCGGCCAUCAUGGGUAAUGAGUUGUCACGACAGUCAGAAACGAUUGCCCUUGGAUACGCAUGAGAUAAAGAAGCCAGAAUGACAAAUGACCGAACACCACCAUGACGUUUCUCAAUUCUUUUCCUGGAACUUCAUGGUGCUUAUUCCCCCUUGUGGAUUGCUUCGUUUUGUUCUUCAGUGGCCUUACUCACCACGGCCCGGGUAUGACUGCCAUGCUUUUCUAGACAAGUUCCAUGUUUUAGAACUUACUUCACUAAAUCCGGUCUCUAGACUGCACGAUAAAAUAAAAAGAAAUUCUCAACCAAUAUUUCGGCAUUGGGCCAUCAUCAGGAUUGUCCAUGUUUUCACGUUUUCUAGAGUUGGACUGUUGCACUCUGUUCGUUUUACCAUUGUUCAAUGUUCGUUUCACCUGUGCACGAUGUUCGUUUUAUCAGAUUAUCCGUACGUGCAACAGAAAAAUCCAUCUACCCCUAUCAAUCUGUUAUGCUACUUGUACAUCGUUUCAGGACGACUUCUACUUCAGGUCAACAUACCACUAGGUCAUUGAGUGAUUUUCGCAUAGCUGUUUCAUCAUGUGCUGGCAUCACAUCAAUCACAGUACAAAAUUAUACUCUCUUUUUUUAAUUAUUCUUUGAAGCAGCUGUUGGCUUGUUUUUUGUUUGUUUACCUUUUACAACGAAUGUUUCACUUCUCGAGUCCAGGGUUGUGACUAUGCAUUUGCAAACACUGUUUAUUUCUUCCUUUGUUUUCUCUCCAAAGGACAUUUACUAUUAGGGCAAGAUUUUUUAUUAAUAUUUUUUUAGGACUUGCAGAACCGUAACCUCUUGGAGGCAGCCUUUGACCUUUUUGAAAAAAAUUGCUCAUAUGCAUGUAUGAUAUGGCACCUUUGUUCUUUUCAAA